AUGAGUGCAGUGUUCAACAGAACUGCCGAAAAUGGUGGACUGGAGACUUUAGUUCCAACCACUUCGAUUUUUACGCUUUUGGAUGAGUUCAUCUUACCUCAGGCAUCGAACUCCACCGGUCCCGCUUAUCUGUCCGGAGCUUCAAACAUUGCUAUCCAAGAUGCAUGUGGGAGAAAGCGUAUCGUAGAUCACUUGUACGCCUUGGCUCUGUCUGCAUUGGCUGACGAAGAUGAUAAGGGGUUCGACUGA